AUGACAGACAAUGUCAAUCGCAACAUGAGCAUGAACAGCAGUAUGAAGGCUUCUCUUCGCAUUCGCUGCAUCCCCUGUGGACAACUCAUGCCCGUGGUAGGUGAAGGGUAUCACUACCAGCAGCACGACCACGACGAUAUAAACAAUGUUCGCAAUGCUGCUACUGGAUUCGGUACGGAUGUGCAUAGUAAUGCCAUUAGUGAUCUUGUCUUCGAUGCUUCAAUUGACGUGGUUCAUCCCAACAAGGCCUUAGCACUUACCGGUGGCACCAGUACUGGUACUAGUAGUUGUGCUAAGAUUGUUGCUCGUAUGUCUGAUGAACCUGACGUACGGUUUGCUCUUGUUACGGCGCGGUAUCUCAAAAACCGCAUGGAUCAAUCUAGUAGCUUGGGAAAGGACCUUCUGAAGGCCAUUACCAUUCAUGACAUGAAAGCCAUUUAUGCUUUGCUUCAACAAGGCGCAGACCCAAACUUCACAGAGCAGCUCUGCUGGCACGAUGAAACUACCAAACUCGUGCAUCAUUGCUGGCAUCCGGACGGAACUCCCUUCCUCUGCCCUCCUUUUGAUCCUCUCAAGGAGGAACGGCCUCACCAGCCAACUCAGCCACUCUCGCAUAUCUGCCAUGAUUUCUUCAAAUUGGGUAUCACACAUCAGUGCUACCAUCAACUCCUCGCUGACAUUGCCGAAAUACUCAUUCAACACGGAGCCCGAAUCACUCAAGCAGACAUGUGGUACAUCACAAACUCCCCCAACAACCCCACUCUUUUCUACCAAAACAACCCAAACAUCAUCAUUCCCAUGUUCGACUUACCAUCCAAGAAUGUGUAUUCUGUCGUCACGGCUGCUCGAGAAGCCAUUGAAGGACUGCAUGCGCUCUGCCAAGUAUAUCCCAUCUUUGACUUUGCAACCUACCUUAGGACACAGCACGAACACGAAAAUAAACAUCAUUCUCUGAAAGAGACAAACUCAGCAGACAGCGACAGUGACGGUGAAAGCGAACACGAUGACGACAGUGACGCCAACACGCCAGCAUCCGCUUACACCAUCCACGUAACCGACAAGCUCAUUCGAGCAUCUCCGGCUCUUCUUCCUUACUACACUGCGUUUGUAUACCAGUCGGCCUGCAAACGAUUUGCGUCCCAAAAAAGCGUUUACUUUGGCAGUCCACACAAGCAAACCAGACAAAGAGGUCCAUCCCGAACAAAGAAACUAGUUUUGCCAGCUUUGCCACCCCAAAUCGAAGCGCAAAUUAGGGCCAUGGCCAUGGAUGUGCACCACGAAAACUUUUCGGCAACCAGCAUUCCAGAUCCAAUUGUCUCGCAGACACAAUGA